UGAUGUGGAUGGAGAUAACUGUCGAUGUGCGAACGUUUGAGCAUCAGACAGCUCAGGUUAGGGCCAUAGCAUCAUAGACAAAGCCUAGUAUGCUGAAAUAGCAACGACUGAAAUUAUUUAGACAUGGCACCUACAUCUAUGUCUGAGAAGUUUGCACACAUAGAGGAGAUUGACUUGAAAGAGUCUACUUGCAUUUGCAGGAAACAUUGUAACAACUGUAAAAUCUUCUUGGGAUUCUUCGUCUUAUCCCUUUCAUUGCAUCUAGUAACGCUUUUCUGUUAUUUGGACCUGAGAUCGGAGGUGAAACGGGAGAUUCUCCAGAAGAACAGAGAGGAGACAGUGUCACCGGCCGCAGACGAUAUGAAUGACCGAUAUUCUCCAGUAUUCCAGCUGUUGGAUAUCAGCUACCCAACUGAUCUACAGCCACAGAAUAGAUUGCCUCUGGGGAACAGUGAGGAAAACUCUCACCUCACAGAAGACAGAGAAAAUGCCGUCCAUCGCACCAAAAGGAGCCAGCAGAAUAAACGACUUGAUUCAGAAUCACAUGGAAACAAACGGAAAGAAAGGAAAAAAGGCAAGAAAGGCCCUCCUGGUGCACCUGGCCCCCCAGGCCCUCCAGGGCCACAGGGGCCACCAGGUAUUCCUGGCAUCCCAGGUAUCCCUGGGAACAACGCCAUGGGUCCCUCAGGACCACCCGGACCMCCAGGCCCUGCUGGACCCCCAGGGCCACAGGGACCCCCUGGUCUUCAAGGACCCUCAGGGGGCAGAGUCAGAGAUAGCCAGCCUGCUGUGGUACAUCUCCAAGGCCAGGAAACAACAAUACAGGUCAAGGAAGAUCUUUCAGAAGGCGUACUGAGAAACUGGAAAAUGAUAUCCAUGCAUCACAAGGUGUUCAAGAUGCACUCGCGGUCUGGGGAGCUAGAGGUGCUGGUAGAUGGUACCUACUUCAUCUAUAGUCAGGUAGAAGUUUACUACCUCAACUUCACUGACAUUGCUAGCUAUGAGGUGAUGGUGGACAAGACGCCAUUCCUGCGCUGUACACGGAGCAUCGAGACUGGACAGCGCAAGUUCAACACCUGCUACACGGCUGGGGUGUGUCUGCUGCGUGCCCGGCAGAAGAUCUCCAUCAGGAUGGUGUACGAGGACACCUCCAUUAGCAUGACCAACCACACCACCUUCCUGGGGAGCAUCCGACUCGGGGAGGCCCCCCCAGCCAGCCACUCCUGAAGAAGCAGACACAGGCCCACCAAACUGACUGUCAAAUCAGGACCCAACCCUCAACCAGCCCCAACCCUCAACCACCAUAUCCAUCUAUGGUUUGUGGGAGUCUCCACCGACUCUACUCUGCCUCUACUACCAUCACCACCAUCUAUCACAUAUCGACCAAUGAGGAGAUGAGAAGGCCCACCUACUCCUGAGUUGACAUGUACAGUACAUACAGUAUCCACCCUCAGGCUGGGCCAGGCCCCGUCCUCAGGCUACUACUGAGCUGAUAGGUCCCACCCUACCUGAUAUUAGGGUGUAAUGAUGUAAUGAUAUUAACCCACUGCCUGUUAUCUCUGAGUGGAAGAUUCUUUCCAAAGAGUGAUGAUGACUCUGAUCUUCGGUGCUGAUUAUGGACAAAUAUGCACCCAACUUGCAAGCAUUAAGAAAGGGAGGAGUUGCUGAUUUUUUUAGGAAGAAAAAUACAUUAGGCUUUACUUCUAGAAUAGUGCAUUUAUUGGGAAUAACUUGGUUUCCCUGAUCAUAACAUGCUUGAGAAACCAAGAUUGACAGGAGUCAUUCAAGUCUCCACUAAAAUAACUGUCUGUCAUGGCAAAGUACAUAAAACACCUGUUAUACAUUAUUAAACAACUGUAGAAUGCUUGUUUUUAUCUACCAAACUCAACCUAUUUGGAGAAGUGAAUGUGAUUGUUGGUGUUGUAUCAAUCCACUGAGUCAUAUAGGURGUUAGGUAACAUGGGUACAUACUGUAAAAGCUUUUGAAUACAAUAUAGAAAUACAAUGUGUGAGAGUUCUCUGAUGAAUUGAACAUGCACAGCUGAAGCACACACAUUUCUCUGUUAGAAUGUGCACUGAUUAAAACAAAUUAUUGAUCUGUAGGKAAAUAUAUCCCUCUCCCUCUCUCUACCUCUCUCUCUUUCUCUCUCUCUCUGUUAAAUAACAAGGUCUUUAUGGAUGUUUCUUUUAUGUUUCAAAUGAAGUUGUUUGUCAAAUAUGGAAUCACCCAGAUUAAUACUGUAGAUUUAUUUUUCCAAAUUACUAACAUGACCUAAAAUGACAUUCUUCAUGUUACUAUGUUGACCGGUCAUGAUCCCAAGGCUUGUCAUGGACGCCAUUAUAUUUCUUUGCUUUUUUUAGUUCUUCUUUGGUUUGUUUGAAAUAACCAAUUCACUUGUCAUUCCCUUUGAGCUGAACCAGCCAUGUCCUGUUUCUGGAAGGCCAUUUGUGUUUCAGUUUUUCUCAGAAGAAUUUCGUCUUUCCAUAUACAUAGGCAGCUUGAAUCUUUUGUGAAUAUCACACACAGUCAAAACAUUUUUCAGCAUAUAACUCCUUUGCAUGUUCAUGUUUAUAUGUGAGUGAACACAUUAGUCUUUAAGGAAGCAUUUAAGGGCACAGAUUAUCUGUCAACAUGCAGUUUCUGGAUGUUUAUGCAACUGCUCUGCACUGUCCAUGUAUUGUAAAUACUACAGGGUUUGGUCAAUCACCAUGCAGUCAACCUUCUGGAAAACUGGUGACAAAAGCAGAAUCAUGUCCAGUUGUUUUUAAUUAGUUUGAUAACCGUUAUGGAAGGAAAGAUAGAUAAGACCAUUACCAAGGGAAGUUCAAAUGUAUUUCUUUCCAGUUAUUAUGGGAAAUUCUACAUCAUCCAUAAUGUCUGCAAUACGAGUUGGUAUCAAACAUUACAACUUUCAGUUUAGAAACGUGCCAAAAAGGGCAGUGAGUGUACCAUGUUCUUGUAGUAUUACUUUAGUUGUGUAGCAAUCAGAAUUAGUUUGGUUCAAUUCAGUGCUUAGAAUGGUUCAUUCUCCAAUUCAUGCUUUGUGAUUAAAUUCAAUGCCUGAGUCAAGUUGAGUCAAGAUAGAAUUGUCCCAAACUCUGGUAGCUAUAGUCCUUUUAAUUCAAACACUGUUUAGUUGAAGUGUUUCAAUACAUUGUGGUAUGUAUUUUGAUAUGAAUUAUUUGGAUUGUUUGUAGGUAAAUAGGGUAUAAUUGUUUCCCUGCUUUGUUGACUAAUAUGUACAUUUGUAUACUCUGUUGUGAUUGUAAAUAUGUAUAUAAAAUAGAAUUCUGUUUU